UUAAUGCCAAAUAAUGAGUUUAAUUGACGGCAAGCGAAACUGCCGUCCGAGCUUAUUAUUGGCUUAUGUUGUUAGAAAUACCUAGAAAAAAGUAAGUCGCCGGGAAGUGAACUUCUUACUGCACACUCAGUGAAAUAAUAGAACACGAACACCCGUCCAUUGUUCCUUUGAUUUAUUUUAACGGGAAUAAAAUCACUUUCGUGCACAAAAAAAAAAAUCUUCAGCUAAAGUCAAUAGUUAAACUGACAGAGGAAAACACUCGUCAUGCGAAAGUCUGAACUGACGGUACACGCUAAUCGGCUCGGAAGAAGCCGUGCGCGUUCUCGACCGGCGUCCGCGCAUGCGGUCGUGCACAGCCGAGCUGUUCGCGAGGAGGUUACCGUUUGUACUUCGUUUUGGGGCGGGGGCGAAGGGUGUGUGUGUAUGUGUUUGAGAGAGAGUGAGGGGCGGAUCCGCACGCAGGAGAAAAGGGCGAUGGAAGCGCAGACCGCGAGACAUACGGUCGUGCUCCUGCAGUCCGCGCGCACAGUCUUAGUUUCCUUGGAGGGAAAAGGGAAGUCAAGGUGUCCAGGUUUGUGACUCUGGAUGAGCCUGUUUGUCUCUUGAGAAGACCGUGACCUGAUUUGUGUUCCUGCACGAAGACCCACCCCUUCAACACACAGCCUCAAGCUCCAAGCAUCUGUAAUGCGACUCUUUCCUGGCACCUCUUGAGAGGGACGCAAAGGCACAAGAACGGUCGCUCUUUCAAUUCGUUGUCUUAGAAGACGCAAUAAAAGUGGUGCGCAAGCCUUGUUAAUACUUGUGGAGCGAGACGCUCUUGAGGACAAUACUGGACGCCGUUUUCGGGAGAUCGGGCAGCUGCGCGUGAACACGGACGCCUUGGAGUUCUGGAGGAACAGCUGGCGACGCUCAUCUGGAAGCAACAGUCUCUCUCUCGCUGUGAGCCGGAGCUGCAGCAUGGCCAGAAGAAGCUGUCCAAAGGAUCCAACAGGUGUGGUGUUCGAUAUGCACUCCAAAAUGGUGAUGUCACAGGGAGGCACCUUUGAGGGGAUGAAAGAGAAGAUAAAUGCUGUCCGAGCCAUAGUGCCCAACAGAAGCAACAAUGAGAUCAUUCUGGUGCUGCAGCACUUUGAAAACAGCGUGGAUAAUGCUGUGCAGGCCUUUGUUGAAGGAAGUGCCACAGAAAUCCUGAAAGAGUGGAAUGUAACUGGAAAGAAAAAGCCCAAGAAGAAAAAGAAAUCAAAGUCUCAGCAAAACAACCAGACAGACCCAGUUCAGGCCCAGUCCACAUCUCUGCCUGACGGAAAGGAUGCAGUGAACGGUCUCCAUGGUAACGGGACUGCUCCUGAUGGAGACUCGGCGGACUCCCUGAGCGAGCAGCUAGAUUCCGCCUCCCAAGACGCAUCCGAGCAGGACUCGGAAGCUGCGCUGCCUGAGGUUCCUGAAGCUGCUCCAGGCACCAAGAUGGACUUAAAACCCAACAACCCAAGUCCACCCUCUUCACGCUGGCAGGCAGGACGAAGUCGGAAGGGUCCAGCAAGGGCCCCGAAGGGCAGCAAGGGCCGGGUUCCACUAGACUGCACUUCCCAGCAGGAGCCGGCAUUAUCCCUGUCUGUCCCUGGCGAAGCUCACCCUGUUGGUGCUGGCAACAAGAAAAUUGCCCCUAAUAUUGACAAGUCUGUGAAAGACUUGUAUCGCUGUACUGCUUCGCUCACACGCUACCGGGUGGUGGUGAAGGAAGAGAUGGACUCCUCCAUUAAGAAGAUCAAGCAUACAUUUGCUGAGCUCCAGAGCUGCCUUAUAGACAGAGAAGUGGCCCUACUGGCAGAAAUGGACAAAGUCAAAGCAGAAGCCAUGGCAAUAUUGGACACCCGUCAGAAAAAAGCAGAAAGCCUUCGCAGGCUCUCGGACCAGUCGCCUGCCAUGACUGAAGACAAACUGAGCGAACUCCGUGCUGACAUCAAGCAUUUUGUGAGUGAACGCAAGUAUGACGAAGAGCUGGGGAAGGCUGUCAAGUUCACCCAUGAUCUAGAGCCUCUCAGGAAGAGCAUCAUGAGCUUUGGGCAUGUGUACCACCCUCAGACCAGCUACUCCAACCGCUCUCGUUACAGCUCCUCUUCCUCCGUCGCUCACUCAGCCAUGGUACGUCGGCAGCCCCUGGAUUCAGGCUGUGGCCUGAGGGAUGAGGUGUCCACCAAAAGCCAACCACAGAGGCCGGGCCAGCAGCUCGGAGGCCACAGACACCACAGUGGGCCACAAGUUGACCACAACCUCAGUUGCACCGGUCACCGGUACCAGAACCAGAACAAUCGUGGACCAGCUCCUGGCCCUGACAGUGCCUCUCACGCCUCCUCACUGCCCUCCACCUCCGGAAAUGGUCUAUCACGGUCCACUGCCCUCUCAUCACGUUGUUCCAAUCCCACUUUGAAUGGGCUGCCCCAAAGACCCCCACGGGUGCACCGCCCUUGACAGCACCACCCUCUGUUUCUUAUUCUGUUGAACACCACUGAGGAAUGGAACAUUUCCCUGCCUUCCACUUCACUCCCAACUGUAGCACCACCUUAAGGGUCAACUUGUAGUUGAAGUGAGGGACUUCUCCCCAUUGUGUUCUUGUCUUCAGCCUUUAUCCUUUGCAGUGUGCAGUGACAUUUCUUUUCUCACUGUCCUGUAAUGGAUUCUGCAGUAUUGUUGGUCUCACCAGACAAAUGCCUUUGUUUCCAGACUUCAGCUUGAUUUGUUCAAAGCUGUUGAGCCACGUCCUUUAGGCUCAUCACUGUAAUGUGUGGCAACCAAAGGUGCAGAUAUGUAUAGUGCUGUGCUACCAUCCAGCCAAAGAAAUACUCCAAUGUCACGUUUCAUAAAAAGCAAAUUCUGAGGUUUUUUACAUUUUUCUAGGUCCUUCCAUCAGGUCUGUGAAACCCAAUCACUGUAUGUGGCUGUACCAUGGAACAAAGGAUAGUAAAAUCUUUAGCAGAAGACUACACAUCACAUAAAACAUUGUGCUUAAAUUUCAAGUAUUUAUAUUCCACUAAAAAUUGUGGUCAUAUACUUCUUCAGACAUUGCAGUUUAUUUAAAAUAGUGUGGUAUUAUAUGGGUUUAGCAGGCAGGGGCAUGCCAGGGUUGGGGAUUGACCAGGUGGGGAAUGGGGGUGUUUGUGCAACUGUUUGUUUCAUUCCUAAAAACACCUGAUGACUUGAACACAGCUGUUAGUGGCACAACAGCUGGAUGAAGUCAGUUUCAACUACAGUACAAAAAUGACAAUACUGAAACCGUGAAAGAUCAGACAUUGAUCCUAAACUCAGGACUUCAUUGGACCACGUAUAGUUUCAGAACCUGCAAACCAAAAUCUCCCCUUUUGCCCCCCUCCCUGAUGCUCCUCAGUCCCUGUCUUUUAAUAAGGGCGUUUCAGGUGUGACUGAAACUGCAUGAGUGGCCCAGCCCUGGCAUGCCACUAUGAGUGUUACUGUGAACGUCAUACUAUUGUAGUAUGAUUUUUUGGAAGUAGAUCUUUCUUGAGUUUCUAUUAUGGUUCAGAUCUGCUUGGUAUGUAAUCCUCUCACCCAGGCUUUAUAUUUUAGUAUGGAAAUGGGACAUUUUCUUAGAUCAUGUGUUCGUUUGCACUCCAUUUCUAGUAGUUACAGUUUAUAGAACAUUGAGGAUCCUCUGUGGGCACUGUGUGCACAUGUCAGAUAGUGCUUUUUCUGGACAAAGCACUGUCUGUAUGGACAUGUACUGUGCAUAUUUAGUCUUUCUGCUCUUAAUCACAGCUGGUUUUUUUUUUUUUUUUUUGCAAUGAGUUAUAAGAGGAUUGCAGGUGUGUGAGUACUGGAACACUGGCAGCCUAUUUAGUGUUCUGCUUCACUGGUGUAUAACAAUAAGAAAAGUGUUCCACUGGGAACAGUUUAGCUUCACAGAGGUUCAUAUUGUAUUUAACCACACCCAGAUGAAAUGGAAAUUAGAUCUGUAUGCAUGCAAAGGAGUCCAUUUGUCUGGUGCUUUUCUGCUCAUUUGUAUGGUAUCAUCUAAUAAGUCAGGGCAAAUGUACUUUGUAGGCAGUUGUUGAAGGAUAAUGAUUUUGAACUUAGUUACGCAUGUCCCUGUAAUGGAAUCUUCUGACUCUAGAUCUUGAGGUAUUUUGUUAUGGUUGGGAAUAUUAACCACAAGAUGUAGUGUCACAUGUGGGGACUGAAAGAUUGCACUAAAGUUGUGCAUAGUGCCACAUUUGCCUGAAAGAUGGGCAUCAUUAAUUCACAGAACAGAAGCAAGUCUUUAUUUUUAAUGGAAAGUGAAUUUGUCUGAGGUGGACUGAGCUGCAGCUUGUAGUGCACAUUGUACAUUUUGCAGCCCUUUUGUACCUGUUAAAUAUGGUUACAGCAAUCACUGAUGCUUCUGCCACCACAUUUGUAAAGCUGUAUCUUGGCAAACAGUGGAAAUCAGUAGCCUCUUGGUAUUCAGUCAGAGGUAGUCUUGUGAAAGAGAAUGAAGCAAUUACAUGCUGAUUUUGCGGCCUACAAAUGUUCAGCAAGACCAGAUGUCUACACCCGGAACCCGUGGCAUUGAGUGUCACUGCCAUGAGGUGGGAGGGCUGAAGAAGUCAUGAAACAUCCAUAUCCUCCCCCUUGUAGACUUCAUCUCCUGCGACUCCUGAGGCAAACUGCCCACGUAGCCUUACCAGUAUCUGUCACUGAGCACAGCCUCUGACCCUGUGAUCCUCCUCAUCUGCUGGACCCAGGUACACAGGUCACCUGCUGCACUAAACAUUUGGGCUCUGUUAUAUUUAUAUGUAAAUCUGUAACUUUUGGUCACUUUAAAAGGUGCUUGUUGUUGCAGCAUUAAACUGAAUGGGAGUUCCUCUUUCAAAACUGAACCAUUUUGAAUUUGGUCAGUUGUCCAAUAUUAUCUAAAGAUGGGAAUCUCCAAAGAGAACAAUGCUUAGAAUGAGUUGCUAUCAUUAUUAGAGAUGGUAAUCAUUUUCAUGCUCCAGACUGUAAACCAUGCUGAUAUUGUUUUGAUCUUGAGCUUUUUUUAAAAAAAUUAGACAUUUAGUUAUCUUAAACUGAAGAUGUCAAACAGAAUAUGCUUUCUCUCAAUGCCUUUAUCUGUGACACAAUUUGAAAAUGUACAUAACUUGGCCCACAAAUGGGUCAAGUGUGGUUUUUUUUUUCCUCCUCUUGUAUCACUGCAUUUUUCACCUUUUGUAGCAGAGUAGCCUAGUUUCGCAAUACUCCUUGUUAGAUACCUAAAAGUACUUUAAUUCCAUUGUAAACUGCAAGUGCCUUUGUCAUUUUGCGGACCUCUCCCUGUUCACCAGAUAUGGACCAAAGACAACCCCCUCCAUCCCACACUUUACUCUUAGCAGUGCUUCAGAAUCCUUCUGCCAAGCACAUGGCUGCAUUUCAUUUACUGUAAAUAAAACUGUUAGCAAAUACAGCAGAGUGCCAAGUCUUUGUUGGUUGCCAGAGAACACCCACAAUCCUAUGUGUACUGUGUAGCAAGCCUUGUGCUUGUAAAAGUAUUAUGAAUAUAUUACCAUGAUUCUUGAAGGA